AUGCGUUGUCAAGAUGCUGCUGCUGGGAAUGGUCUCUACAAUUCGGAGGAUACAAAUAUAAUACGACAACUCGUCAGUGAUGUCAGUGAAAUUAAGACUACAAUAGAUAACUUAAAGUUGAGCAAACAAGUCAAGAAUAGUGAUUUACCAAUUUUUGAUAUACGGGUUGAUACCUUGCCAUAUAAAUGUCAAGCCCAUGGCCCAUUCACCAACUGUGCCGAAAUAACCGCCUGUACCGGACGCAGUGGUUAUUAUAAUAUUCGCAUACCACAAUUUAGCAACGAAAGUUUCCUCGUCGAAUGUGAUGCCUGGCAGGAUGGUGGUGACUGGACUGUUAUACAACGUCGACAAGAUGGCUCAAUUGAUUUCUUUCGUACAUGGUCAGAAUAUAAGGUUGGAUUUGGUGAUAUCGAUGGUGAAUUCUUUAUCGGUUUAGAUAAGCUACAUGCCCUAACAAAUUAUCAGGGUCCACAAGAACUACUGAUUAUUAUGACAAAUGGUACAAAUGAGGCACAGGCUUAUGCAAAAUACGAUGCCUUUCAAAUUGGCAACGAAGUGGAAAAAUAUAAAUUAAAACGUACCGGGCGUUAUAGCGGUACGGCAGGAGAUUCUUUAAAAGGUCAUAUUGGUUUGAAAUUUACGACGAAGGAUCAAGAUAAUGAUAAUUAUGGUAGUAAUUGUGCCGAGGCAUAUAUGGGUGGUUGGUGGUAUGGUGCAUGUCAUGUUAGCAAUCUCAAUGGCCACUAUGGAGAUGCCCAACAUGGUCGUGGUAUUAAUUGGCUUACCUUAUCGGGACAUUAUAGCUCUUUGACAUAUUCCAAAAUGAUGAUACGUCGCAGAAGGAAUUAA